UCCCCCGUGUAAGAGUGAGGUGGAGGAGGAUGUUCCAGGAGAUGUCACCACAGAAAUUCCCCUCAAGAAUUCAGAGAGAAAGUUCAUGUUAUCACUAAGUUAUAAAGCAGAAAAUGAAGAUAUCAUGCAGUGCUCUAUAGGAAAAAACCUCAAUCUACAUCCAGGACUUCACAGUACAGAUCUGUCAUAUAAUCCCCCUAAUCAGGAGGAACCUUCUCUUGACCAAUCACAGAUUGCUACCCCAAAUACAGUUCAAAAAGGGGGUAAAAGGUUACAGUAUGGUGAACGGUCCACAAGAAGCUCAGGUCUUUCUACACACAGAAGAAAUCAUACAGGAGAGAAGCCAUACUCCUGUUCAGACUGUGGGAGAAGCUUUAAAUAUAAAUCAAGUCUUCAUACACAUAAAAGAAAUCACAUACGAGAAAAACCAUUUUCAUGUUCAGAAUGUGGGAAAUGUUUUAUAUAUAAAUCAGCUCUUGUUACACAUGCUAUAAGUCACUCUGGAGAGAGGCCGUAUUCAUGUUCAGAAUGUGGGAAAUAUUUUAAGUAUAAACCGAAUCUUGUUGCACAUGAGAAAAUUCACAUAGGAUUGAAGCCAUAUCCAUGUUCAGAAUGUGGGAAAUGUUUUCCGAAAAAAUCUGAUCUUGUUAUACAUCAGAGAAUUCACACAGGAGAGAAGCCAUAUGCAUGUUCAGAAUGUGGGAAAUGUUUUAGACAGAAAUCAUUUGUUAUUCUACAUGAAAGAAUUCACACAGGAGAAAAACCAUAUUCAUGUUCAGAAUGUGGGAAAUGUUUUAGGAGUAAAUCGGCUCUUGUUACACAUGAGACUACUCACAAAAUAGAGGAGCCAUAUUCAUGUUCAGAAUGUGGGAAAUGUUUUAAAUAUAAAUCAAGUUUUGCUAGACAUGAGAGAAGUCACACAGGGGAGAAGCCGUAUUCAUGUUCAGAAUGCGGGAAGUGCUUUACAAAUAAAUCACCUCUUGUUAUACAUGAGAGAAGUCACACAGGAGAGAAGCCAUAUUCAUGUUUAGAAUGUGGAAAGCGAUUUUCAGAUAAAUCAUAUCUUGCUAGACAUGAGAGAAGUCACACAGGAGAGAAGCCGUAUUCAUGUUCAGAAUGUGGAAAGCGAUUUUCAGAUAAACCAUAUCUCGUUAGACAUGAGAGAAGUCACAAAGAAGAAAAGCUGCAUUCAUGUUGAGAAUGUGGGAAAUAUUUAACACAAAAAUGACAUCUUGGUAGACAUCAGAUAAAUCAUAUUUCAAACAAUUUUCACAUAUUUUAACAUAUUGGGUUAUUGAUGGACCUUAAACAGUCAAUAAGCGAGUUCAUUUUUUGGUUGGAACUAUCCUGGAUCUCCUAGACACGAGCAGGAUCCAAGUAAGAAACAUAUUGUGGAUAUAAUGAAAAGAAGAAGAGCCUUAAUUACCCCCAGAGCAGUGAAGAUGAAUUGUCCUCAUGAACCUUGCUUCUUACCACUGUAUUCACACCUCCACCCACACUGCGGGAGAAUCCAGAGUGACAUAGUGAGAAGUAACGAUGAUCCAUAUAAUUGUUUUAUAACGUAUGUGGACAGAUUAAUAUUUCAUCUUCAUCCAGUCUUCAAAGGGAUUGUUCGCCCUGGGGGCUGUUCUGGCAGACCCUCAGAGUGGCUGGACCCUUGGGGGGAAUCAUACUUACCUAAUCCGUGGCACUGGAUUUAACAGUAAAAGAAAAUCUUACAUUUGUGCCACAACAGCAUCUCUAUGGUUCCCUUUAUCUCUGUCUGAUGUGUAUAUAUCUUGUAUAUAUUUUAGGUUGUGACCAAAGUGAAAUAAAAGACCCUUCACUUCAUAUUA